AUGUCAACGAUGCGCUCAGGGCUGGGAGCCGGAGCACCAUCUUCAUCCACACAGCCCUAUGAUCAAGCCUCGAAUUUAGAUAGCGACAAUGAUGAAUCGCUGCCUGGGGGGUCGACCGAACCUAUCUCUUUCAAACGGAAGCAAAAACAACGAUCGAAAUUUAGUAUCUCGCGCCUAUUUUCUAAUGAUGAACACGAAUCUCGUUUCGGCAGCAUCCCCUUUGGCAUAUCGGACGCGGGAUAUGACCGUACCUCAGAAAACAAUGCUGCGUCGGGCUCAAGGAGGUCGCGGAUUGAAAAUGGAAAUUUCAACCCGCAAAAAGAUGGCGGGUUUCUAGACUGGUACGUGGAAGGUCCGGGGCGACGAGUGGGCUAUGACGACCUUACAGCCAUUGAUUGGAUAUUCGAAUACACCAAAGAGCGACAAAGGAAGCGGUUGCUCUACUCGAGCUCUCCUGGAUUAUCGGGAUACGCCCGCCGGCUUUUGGAGGCCGGCAAUGUAUGGGUGGUGUUGAUCGCGACCGGAAUUCUCGUUGGCAUCAUUGCGGCAUGCAUUGACAUAACGAGCAAUUGGCUAGGGGACCUUAAGACAGGGUAUUGCAAGAAUGGUCCGGGAGGUGGGAGGUUCUAUUUGAAUCGGGAUUUUUGUUGCUGGGGUCAUGCUGACAUCUCUGAAUGCUUGGAUUGGACACCAUGGAGCAAAGCCUUUGGGCUUCGCUCCUCUGGUGGAGGCUAUUCAGUGGAAUAUCUUGUUUACAUCCUUUAUUCUGUUCUAUUCGCUUUCUGCGCCAGCUUUUUGGUAAGGAGCUACGCGAUUUAUGCGAAGCACAGUGGUAUUCCUGAGAUCAAGACCGUUCUUGGUGGCUUCGUCAUCAGGCACUUUUUGGGACCAUGGACACUUGCGGUUAAAUCCCUGGGCUUAUGCUUAGCAGUUGCCUCAGGCAUGUGGUUAGGUAAAGAAGGCCCUCUUGUGCAUGUUGCAUGCUGCUGCGCGAAUCUGAUGAUGAAAUUCUUCGACAAUUUGAAUCAUAAUGAAGCGAGGAAACGCGAAGUGCUCUCUGCAGCAGCCGCUGCAGGCAUCUCCGUUGCUUUCGGGGCACCCAUUGGAGGUGUCCUAUUCAGCUUGGAGCAAUUGUCAUACUACUUUCCAGAUAAAACAAUGUGGCAGAGUUUUGUCUGUGCAAUGGUUGCAGCCGUCACUCUUCAAGCACUCAACCCUUUCCGAACAGGGAAUAUUGUGCUUUACGAAGUCAAGUAUACACGCGGAUGGCAUCGCUUCGAAAUGAUCCCCUUCAUCCUCCUCGGUAUUUUAGGUGGGCUCUAUGGGGCGUUCUUAAUUCGCUUAAAUAUGAAAAUUGCAAGAUGGCGACAGUCGAGAAAAUGGUCCCGCCCAAUUUUGGAAGUGAUGAUGGUGGCCCUUCUAUCUGCUCUGAUUAAUUUCCCCAAUAUCUUUAUGAGAGCCCAGAACUCUGAACUUGUCCACUCCCUAUUUGCUGAGUGCGGAACGGGCUCUGAUGAUUUAUUUGGCCUGUGCAAGAACGGUGCUGCAUCGGCUGGAACGAUAGCCCUUCUACUUAUGGCUGCGCUUCUUGGCUUUUUCCUGGCCUCGUUUACAUUUGGAUUGGACAUACCUGCCGGUAUCAUCCUACCUUCUGUUGCAAUUGGGGCCUUAUAUGGCCGUGCACUGGGGACAUUGCUCCAGAUGUGGCAAAGCGCAUAUCCAAAAGUCUUUCUCUUCAACAGCUGCGAACCGGAUAUCCCUUGUGUCACACCUGGAAUUUAUGCUAUUGUUGGUGCUGCUUCAGCCCUUGGCGGUGCUACCCGAAUGACAGUAUCCAUUGUUGUCAUCAUGUUCGAGCUCACGGGUGCAUUGACCUAUGUGAUUCCUAUUAUGAUUGCUGUUAUGCUGUCCAAAUGGUGUGGUGAUAUAUUCGGCAAACGCGGUAUCUAUGAAUCUUGGAUUCAUCUCAAGGAGUAUCCAUUCCUCGACCACCGUGAUGACACUGCUUCACCUGACAUGCCCGCCAAUAGAGUCAUGACCAAGAUUGAAGACUUGACCUUGAUCGUUGCAAAUGGCCAUACGAUAGAUAGCCUUCGCAACCUCCUCAUGGUUACCUCAUAUCGCGGUUUCCCUGUUGUCACUGAAUCAUCGAAUCCUAUUCUGCUGGGAUACAUCUCACGCAAUGAACUUUCCUAUGCACUGAAAUAUUCGACAUCGCCCACGGGUCGCGACUUGGCGAGCUCUACACAGGUCUUUUUCGCGCAUCAGCCAUUUGCCGAUCCUACUGAAACCCUCGAUUUGCGGCCAUGGAUGGAUCAAACUCCUAUUACACUCAACAGCGGAAUGACUUUUCUGAUUGUACGGCGCAUGUUCCAGAGACUGGGUCUUCGUUACGUCUUGUUCGCCGAUAAAGGUGUCCUUCAAGGCUUACUCACCAAGAAGGAUGUCUGGUCUAUUAUCGAUGGUGCAGAAUCUCGCAAAGAUAGAGGUCUGGACGACGAUCCAUCCAGACAGAGAUAUACAGCAGAAGAGGUUGGUCUUCUUGAAAGCGACGACGGGACUAGUCUUGCUAGUUCCUUGGAUAGACGUCCUUCGCUUUGA